GUCUUCACCUCGAAUGCAAUCCUCCAUCACCACCUGCCCACUUCACUGCCUAUGAACACGCCGGUGGCCACAUUCCAUAAUUUCCCUCCGCCGUCAGACAGUUCCGUUCAUUGAUAAAGCUAAACUAUCCGAUUGACUUCAACGUUCGGGUAAUGUUCGCCGUAAACCCCACUUCCCUUUUCUUCCCUUCCAAUCCCACCGCUACACGUCAACAAUCCAUCUCUCUCUCCCCCUCCUUCCGCCGCAGCUGUGCCACUGCUGGAGACGCCUCGGUCGGCCCUUCAUUUUCUCGGCUGUUCAAUUUUCCGUCUGUUUCUGCCACCGACGCAACCGGCGGCUUUCGACUCGGACAAGAGUACGACGGCGGAGCUUCCUCCGGCACUGUUGAUGGAGUGGGGAGGUCGGGUAGCGGAAAUGGUCGCGUCAAAGCAAACGCCAUGGAGAAAAAAUGGUCGCGGGAUAGAGAGAGUUACUUGGUCGAUAGUAGCGAGGUUCUUCCUCUUCCUAUGACUUAUCCGGAUUCUUCCCCUGUCCCGCCUGAGGAGAUUGAUCGACGGCUUCAGUGCGAUCCCCAAGUGGAGGAUUGUAAAGAAGUGGUGUAUGAAUGGACCGGGAAGUGUCGCAGUUGCCAGGGGUCUGGAUUUGUUAGCUAUUAUAGCAAAAGGGGAAGAGAGAUCACUUGCAAAUGUAUUCCUUGCCUUGGAGUUGGGUAUGUGCAGAAGAUAACAGCUCGAAAGGACAUUGAACUAAUGGAGGAUUUGGAUAAUGGAAAACCAUUGUGAUGUGAUUCAUUGCAUUAUUUACUCUCUUUUUUGGAAAAUAGUACCUCUCUAACUUCUUCACCCCUGAGGAGUUGUAAUUUUUCACACACAGAUUAUCCUUUGUAUUGAUAAUAGGCAACAUACACAACUGAGAGAAUGUUGGACUGCUAAGCAAACACUGGCGAAAUAAAAGUACUGCAAAUUUGGCAGUGAGCUUCGGCCUUGUUCUUCACUA